AUGACGAAGUAUCCCACCGGAACACGCGCUGAGAGCGAGCGUCUCGUCCGCGAAUGGGGGUUUCGACAUAUCUUCACCUGGACAGAUGGAAGCGAGUGUAUGUUGUAUAUACCGAUGCUGACCUUGUACGUCAGCAACGUCUAUUAUUCCCCGCACUCGCAUAGCGGUCUAACAACACAUCUUAUUCGCCGUGGAUCUCUGACGAUCACUUACCCUGAUGAUAAUGCUAAAUUGUAUAAUGGGGAAGUUAAAAAGGAGACGUUUCGUGUUGGAGAGAGGGUUGAUGUUCCUGCGGGUAAAGUUCAUGAGGUUUGGAUUGGGAAUGAAGGGUGUGAGUAUGUGAUUGGAGAGUAG